AUGAGCUAUCAAAAAUUGCGUUGCUUCGGCUUAUUUUUACAAUUUUUAAUCGUCGUCUGCGCGACAACUGUUGAUUAUGAAGACAACCCAAGAAGGCGUGGGCAACAAGUUGCGACGAAUGCGCUUGGGGAGCGGUGUGCCGACGAUGCGGAAAUCAUUGCCGCCGUGCUUGAUAAUUAUGAAAAAAUGGAGCUACCCAGUGGUGGGAAUGUCAGUGUGUCAGUUGAGAUCUGGGUGCAAGAAGUCUCGAAAAUUAUUGAAAUCACCUCCGAAUUCGAAUUGGACAUCUACGUAACUGAACGUUGGACGGAUCCGAGCCUAGCAUACGCUCAUUUGAAUCCGUGCAAAAGCAACAUUUCGGUGGAUGGCGGAAAAGUGAUAAAACAGAUUUGGACGCCGCAUGCUUGCUUCGUAAACUCAAAGGAUGCUAGUAUUCACAAUAGCCCAUUCACUAAUAUAUUUCUCCAAAUCUACAGUAAUGGCAGUAUAUGGCAUAACUAUCGAACAAAAUUGGUUGGUCCUUGCUCGAGCACACUUCGAACAUUCCCUAUCGAUCAGCAAAGAUGCAUGCUAUUCUACGAAAGCUUUACACAUAAUUAUCACGAGGUAGAGCUACGCUGGAUCGAUACCGUACCUCCAAUUACCAUCUUGAAAGGAAAUAUAACACUACCUGAUUAUGUGUUAGUGGAUUUCCAUACAAGCGCUGAAUUGCGGCUAUAUCCACCUGGCAUCUUCCACGAGUUAAUCGCCACCUUCACUUUUCAACGACUAUACGGGUUUUAUAUUUUACAGGUAUCUUUUUACCUUGGCGCCGAGCAGAUUCCAUCCAGGACCACUGUCGGCGUGAAUUCACUUUUGGCUUUGACCUUCCAGUUCGGCUCUGUCGUGUCGAAUCUACCGAAGACUAGUGACGUCAAGGCCAUCGAUGUAUGGAUCCUAUCCUCAAUGGCGUUUAUUUUUGCCUCUUUGAUAGAAUUGGCUGUCGUUGGGUAUUUAUCAAGAAAUGGGGAGCAUCGAGCAAUUGUAUGUCAUUGCUCUUGGUUAUGCCAGAAAUGCCCACAAUGGACGGCAGGGAAAUUAGAUAGGGCAUCUUCGGUCGUUUUCCCAACCUGUUUCCUUCUUUUCAAUUUAUGGUAUUGGUUUAUCUUCCUUGGGAAAGUCACUCGGUAUGCUGCCGUCAUCAAUCGUCAG